UUUCACACUUGCAGGGAACGCAUGCGCGCAGAGGAGACCAACUGGUUUGUGUCAAGUCGGAGGCAGACGGAUGUGAUCGAGCUGAAAAUCACCUGUAUUCUGGCAUUCAUGGUGACACAUCCAUGGGCUCAGAGCGGGCGGAGAUGCGCAAGAGACAGAUGCAGGUUCACCAGGAAGCAGCUGCCAGUGUCCUCCAAGCGCGCCACAAAAUGGGAAACACCCCCACCAACGCCUCAAACGCCUGCUGCUUCUGCUGGUGCUGCUGCUGUAGCUGCUCCUGUUUGACUGUUAGAGGCGAGGAAGAAACCAUACAGAGGUCAACAUUGGAGCAGCGGCCAGAGGGAAACUCUAAUUGUGAAGAAAGCCCGAAACCCACUCUGGACGACGCUCGCUGCUGGGCGGUGUCGUUUGAGAGGCUGAUGAAAAGCGCAGCUGGCCGAAGCUGCUUCAGGCAGUUCCUGAGGACGGAGUUCAGCGAGGAGAACAUGAUGUUCUGGCUCGCCUGUGAGGAGCUGAAAAAAGAGACGAACAAGACCGUGGUGGAGGAGAAGGUCCGCCAAAUAUACGAGGACUUCAUCUCCAUUCUUUCCCCCAAGGAGGUCAGCUUGGACUCCCGCGUUCGUGAGGUGAUAAAUCGCAACAUGCUGGAGCCGACCUCGUGCACGUUCGACGACGCUCAGCAGCAGAUCUACACGCUGAUGCAGAGAGACUCGUACCCUCGCUACAUAAACUCGUCGGCGUACACAGACCUGCUGAAGAGCUUGGAGGAGCCUCCGCCCGAGCCGUGAACUCCCUCCGCUGCAGCACCGUUAGCUUUCCAGCGCAUGCAUCCCCCCCCAGACACACACAUACUUUAACAAAAAAAAAAAAAGGAGGAUCUUUUGUGUAAAGAAAAAAAGUCAGAGACCUGCUAUUUAGAGAAGGACAAGACAGGAAAAUGAACACAGCUGAAAGCCAGUCUUUAUCUAGCUUGUAACUGCUGUUUAUUUCCGCACGAUUAGUGGAUUUCCAAACCCUUCAGAGCAACCAAGAACAAGGAUGCUAGGCUCGGCAUCCGUUACUAUAUUUGUUCAGAAAACAUAUCUAUAUUUUUAUACAUAUAUAUAUAAAUAUAUUCCCUAGCGCUUGACAUUGCACUUUUCUACCUUAUUUAAAGCGGGAAAGCAUGUAUCUGUGAGCACUGCAUUUGUAUUUAGGUAUACUGUGAGCCUAAUGCAUAUUCAGUCUUGUAGAAACUUGUAGGUUUUAUUUAAAUGUACCUUAGGAAGAAAGGAAAGUGCCUUGGAACAACAUCUUCUACACAAGCACCUUCUAGUCCGACGUGAAGGGAGCGACAAUGACGUCACAUCAUGUUGGUGCUUUCAGCUCUUCUCAAAGU